AUGAACGCGGAGCACAAAGGCGUACCGGCUGAGCCUGUGUGGCGGGUGCUGGACCACCGUCACGCGUCUUUCAUAUCCGACUACCUCGAGGAACCGGGCAAACGCGCGCCACUCGCGCUACGCCCCCGUUCCCAGACCAUUAGGCGUCGAAACCACUUUUUCGACUCUCCUACUCCUGAGCAUAGCACCGAGCCUCUGCCCUGUGGAAUCUGCACAGCAGGGAGCCCCAGGCAGAACCGCUGGCAUGUCUCCUGCGAUGACGGCCCAGUACUGGCAAGCCCUGAGAUUUCACUGCUCAGGUUCUCUUCUUACCCACUCGACGCCACCGUGAGGAGCGCCUCAGCUAGCACGUACUGA